AUGAUCAAGCGGCAGCCACACUCGACCGAGCUCGGAAACGACAUCUACGGCAACCCAGCCGUGAACCCCUACAUUGCAGAUCGACUGAGAAACGAAGCAGCCGUGCUGCGAUUUCUACGUGCUAACACAACGAUUCCGGUCCCAGAAGUCCUGGAUCUGCAAACGUUAGAUGGCCUCGUCUCUCUUAAAACGGCUUGGGUUGACGGAGCAGUCGAGCUCUGCGAUAUCCCAGCGUCCAGGAUCGACGCUGCUGUCGCUGCGGUCACCGCGCAGCUAGAGGCUGAAGUCUUGCCGCAGCUGCGCAAUCUACGCUCACGGCGCAUGGGAGGUCCAGACACGGACAUGCCCAUCAUCCCACCCCACCGAUUCUGGAAGGCAAAGGACACCCGCGUGUGGCCGUCGGUGGAGGGCGACUACUCGUUUUGCCACACUGAUCUCGACCGUCAAAAUAUCUUGGUUCAUCCGCAGACGUAUAAAAUUAUGGCCAUUAUUGAUUGGGAGACGGCUGGCUUCUUCCCCCCGGAGUGGGAACUACCGCUAUGGAAGCAAGAUAGUCGCGAGGAAAAGUCGAGUUUGAUAAGCUGCGCCCAAAAGAGAGACAAGGGAUUCUUCUCAUUUGCUAAAUAA